AUUACUUAUCUAAUGAUCCUAAAGCAGAUUUGAGUACCAACUAGGUUACAGUUUGCUCUGUUUUUUAGUUUCUCUAAUACAAGUGUAGUUAAUUACUGUACUAAUAUUGAUCAUACUGUAGAUGUGUAGAUUACUUAUCUAAUUGAUAUAAUAUUAAGUUCAAAUUUUGAUCCUUUUGAUGGGUUGACAUAGUGUUUGAUAUACAAUGAAUGGUAGAUAAAAUUACAAGUGUCAUGUUUCUUUUUACCUAUGCGAGUGCUUCUAGGUUUUGCAAGUUAAUAAAGUUUUUAGUAUCAACAAAAAGCACAGCAUGAAAAGGGUUGCUUAUGUUUGCCCAGUUGAGCAAUAGUAAAAUGCCAAUGCUGACACAAGGAACAAAAGGAGUGUUGCAUUAGUGAUUAAAAAAGAAAAGAAAAAAAAGAAAAGAAAAAAAAGAAUGUAAUUUAUUGAUUUGUAUGGCCUCCAACUUUGAACGAAUUUUGAUUGAUGUUGAUGAUAAAAGGAAUUUUCCAAAGAACCUUUUGCCGACAUUCAUUCAUGCUGUAAUGCUGCUGAUCUCAAUUUGGUAAACGAGAUGCCCGAGGGAAAAAGAAUCCUUUGAAGUUCGAAAUCGAAAAGAAAAGAAGCAUAAGAGAGAAAUUAUACCAAGAAAUAUGUGUGUGUGUGUGUUUUUUUUUUUUUUUUUUUAAUAAAUAAAUUAUUAUUAUUUUUUAUUUUUAUAUUCGGUUCGUAUUCUCUUUCCUCUCCUCUGUAUUCUCUAUCCGCACUUCUAUGCGAAUAAAAAUGAUGCGUCUUGAUGAAAGUCAUUCUCACUGCCUUUCAUUCCUGAGCACUAUGCAUGUGGAAAUUUUUUAAAUUAAAAAUAUUCUUUAGUCCUUUGUCCUAUAUUUUCUAAAAUCGAAUUGCCCACAAUCGAAUUGCCCACACUCGAUAAAUUAGAUUAAUAGAUGUCAUUUUUUAUUUAUUUUUUUAUUUUUUAUUUUCUAAAUACAGUUUGAAUGUGUUUCUAACUUUAGCUGGUAAAACUUAUCCUAAUUCACGAUGAAAAGGGAUAAAAGACAUGUUGAUUAUAGAAGAGUUGUCAAAAAAAAAGGAGUUAUCCUAUGAAGUUAUCAAAUGGCAUUAAUGUUAAGAUUACAGAACAGAAAAAAGAGUCGUCUGAGUUCAGCCUUGCUUAACUCGAACCAUAUAAAUCAAAACAUACAUAGACCAAUCCACCACUGAAUAGAGUGAAUCUGGUUCUCCAUUACCUCCGAAUAAAGCUAUGGGCAUUUAAAAGAACAAAAACAAAUUGAUUUGAAUCAUUAAAAUUCCACACUUUUGAACUACUUUUAUAUCCUGCCUCUAUAUUUAAUAUUGGUCAUUUCCACUCUCCAGAAUUCAACACAAUCUACUAAGUACCCAAAAACAGAAAACAAAUUAACAUAUCAAAGAAAUGGGAAGUAGAAUAGAGAAGUGCAAUUGGUGUGGGUCGCAUGUAAGGCUGCUAUUCGAGGCACAGGCCUUUAGCUGUCCGUUUUGCCGGGCACACAACACGCUCCGACCCUACAACGACAAUGGCUACACUAACCCGACAGCUUACUGGAACAAUGGCUACCCCAACAACAACAAUGGCUACCCCAACAGUAACAAUGGCUACACAAACCCGGCAGCUUCCUGGAACAAUGGCUACACUAACCCGGCAGCUUCCUGGAACAAUGGUUACGUCAAUGGUGGACCUUAUAACAAAGUGAAUGCGGUGGCCCCUCCAAUGUACAGUUACCCCGUGCCUGCUUAUGGUAAUACCCUGCAAUCUCUUCCAGUGAAGGGGAGAAAGCGAGCAGUGCUUUGCGGUUUGAGCUAUUAUGGCACUCCUAACAUUCUGAAGGGUAGUGCCAACAAUAUCAACUACAUGAGGUAUUUUCUGAUUCAGAAGAUGGGAUUCCCAUGUGAAUCCAUUUUUGUCCUUACAGAGGAUGAGACAAACCCGUCACGGAUCCCAACAAUACGUAACAUGCGAGUGGCCUUGCAUUGGCUUAUCCAAGGUUGCCAACCAGGAGACUCGUUGGUGUUCUACUACUGCGGCCAUGGCUCACGGGUGCACGACCUUGAUAAUGAUGAGAGAGAUGGGUUUGAUGAAGCACUCUGCCCUGUUGAUUAUAGGACUGGGGGAAAGUUAUUGGAUGAUGAGAUUAAUGACACCAUAGUAAAGCCAUUACCCCGUAAAGCCAAACUUCAUGCCAUCAUUGAUACUUGCUACAGUGGAACAUGUCUAGAUCUGCCAUUUGUUUGCAAGAUAAACGGGGAACAACAUUAUAAGUGGGAAGAUCACCACAGCCAACAUGCUUAUAAAGGUACAAGUGGUGGCAAAGCAUACUGCUUCAGUGCUUGUGAUGAUCACCAAAAUGCUGCAGAUACUACAGAUUUCACAGGCAACACUGCGAUUGGUGCCUUCACUCAAAGCUUCAUCGACACUCUGGAAACUCAGCCUCAAUUAACAUAUGGCAGCUUACUUAACUCCAUGCACAGGAAGAUCUCUAAAAUCCAACAAGAAGUGCGCCUGAAUAAUCCAAAUGCACACCCUAAACCACAGGAGCCUAUACUGUCCUCUACUGUGGGGUUUGACAUUCACUCAACGAUAUUCACCUUAUAGGUCUCCUGAUGAAAAUCAGCACAUGGAAGCUUCUAUUUUGGUCCUAGUAAAAGCAUCAGCAUUUUAAGAAACAUAAUCUACUAUAACUUGGCCAAGGCUUGAAGUCCUAUCACCUGCAGCCGACGCUCACCUGUUGCCAAUGAGAAGGAGGCAAGUGUCAACGGCAUUUGGACGCUUGUCUAGAUGGAUCGUAAUGCCACACAAUAUUACGAUUUUAAAUCUACUAACAUCAGAAUGCUGCUAUUGCCAGAACAGCAGUUGCUUCUAGAGCAAGUGUUGCUGGUGAAUAGUUGUAUUGACUGCUUUAGCUGUUUUACAGUGCCCCGGAAGGCUGGAAGCAGCAAUUGGUGCCUUGGCGAUAGGUUUCUAUAUUGAGCUCACUUUUCUUC